UGGACUAAUGUCUACUACGUGCAAGAUUAUUUCUAGCCUGAACGGAAUGGCACAGAGCGAUUUCUCUCAUUCGGAAUAUAUCCGAACGCAUUUACAAUAAACGUGAAAUUGGUGAACGUAUCCCGUUAUGCAAAGAUGCAAUAAAUGCUAAGAAAGACUCGCUAAAUUAUAUAAAAAUCUUUUCCUUUAUAAUAAUGUAUUAUUUAUAACGAGACCGUAUGUCACCGAUGAGAUAUUAAGAUUCACAUUUUUUUCUCAAGGCAAACUUUAAUAUUCUGGCAUUCUAAAUGUAAAAUUUAAAAACACGCCUCUCUUUCUCUCUCUCUCUCUCUCUCUCUCUCUCUCUGUCUCCCUCUCUUACCGCGAUUCUCGCGAGAAUCAACUUUCUCGAUUUUCGGAACUCUGGCAGUUUUUGAAAGUCGCUGCAAGUUUUCUCACAGGUCGCUUCUUAAUGCGACGUGUAAUGUAAAAUAUAAAGUAAGAGAAACGAUUCGCGGGAGAAUAAACCGUAAUUGGAAAUGUCUAGACGUCAUCGUUAUUAUCGUCAUAUAUCGUCACUUAUGAUUCUAAAGAAUUCUUCCCUAUCGUUCGCUUUUAUCGAACGCGAAAUCUGUCGCUCACGAUCGUUGGCAUAAGCAAGCGGCUGCAGGAAUUACCGAAUAGAAGUUCUUACACCCACUAUCGCACGACGCCGAGAAUCGCCUCGUAGGUGCAAAUAUCGUUCCAUCUACGAGCGAACCGAAGACAACUUUCGCCCUCCAAGGCUGAGAAGAUUCCUCGCGGCGUAGAGCUCAUCGCGGCGCGCGUAAUAGAAACGGACGGACGGACGGACAGUCUUUGAAAAAUAUAAUGCCCGAUUCGUUAAUUAUCUUGUUACCGAGAUAUGUACGUAUGACGAUGUCGAAACGAACCUCUAACGGUUAGAUAUCAGGCAAACAGAGACGACGAGAGAAACAGAGUUAACGAAUUUAAUUUAUGAUGGGAUAUAAACAUUCACCAAACAUUCCAGCAAACUUAGGUAUAUUUUAACGUUCACGUAUAUUUUAAUGGUUUUUAAAAAUAACGUUAGAAUUUCACAAGAUAUAAAGUCAGUUACAUUCUGAGAAAAGAAAGUUAUUAAGUUGACUAAAAUUUUCAAAUUGAUUAAAUUAUUUUAGUUUACAAACUUUAUACAUGUAUCGUAACUUAAAUACGUAAAUACAGAAAUCCGUUGAGUUUUAGUUGAAGUAUUUAUAUAGACAUUUAAUUUAAAUACUCUGAAGAAAUUUAAUCAAGUUGAAAAAAUUGACAAAUUUCUUUUCUCAGUGUAUAUUGCUGGAAAUAAUGAGUUGCUUUGUAUAAGUAUGUAAAUCAACGUAAAUAUCAGCGACUAAAAAAUUGAAAUAUUAUGUUUGCGCAAUUGUUUACUGGAAAAUCCCGAACUGGAUAUGUUGAAAUAAAUGUUCGAAGGAGGUAAACAUUUAUUCGCGAGAUACAAAUGUUAAUUUCGUGGAUCGCAAAUGCAGCGAGUCAAGGACGAUUUUGUGCGAUGUUCUUGAGAUUUAAAUUCUAAAUAAAUUUUUUUUGCUUCUCUCUCUCUCUCUCUCUCUCUCUCUUCCACCCUCCCUCCCUCAACGUAUUACAUGGACGGUGCGCUGCAGGAUGCAAGACAGGCUAAAUUGCGAAAUUUCAAUUGUCGAGGUACGACCUCGAUCUUCGUGCGGCAAGUGAAUCGGGCCACGUGAUUCUUUUGCUCGUAGAUCGGUCCUUUGCGUGUACCAUACAUCUACCUUAGCUUCAACCUCCUGCGGAAGUGACCUUAUCAUAUCAAAGAAUCGAUCGCUACAAUUUCGCCUGUAACGAAACCUCCUCUCCGAUCGCGAACGAUUUCCACCUGUGCGCAAGAUCGAUCCGAUUCUAAUUAGACGCCAACUGUCUAGGGACGUUAUGUACCUGAUAUCAGAGAAAACCUGUGAGAAAGUUUAACUUUUAAAGUUUCGAGGCUACUUAGAAGUCCCGAGUUCCGACAAAGGUAUCUAAAUGCCGCUGAAGAAUUCUCAUUGCCCGUUGCAAUUCUCGUGCAAUUAUCCGGCAGAUUUCGCUCAGCUAUCUCAAGUAUCCAACGUCCCUAGAAUGUAGUCCCGAAUAACAGAACGAUCCGCGAGGCCGCUUGUGGACGCGACGGACUCGAGCCGUUCUAAGCACGACAAGGUGCUCGCUGUUCCGUCCGUCGUAAUUCCUCGGAUUACUGCUGGAAUGCAACCGAGCACUCCUUCGAUGCACCCUCCAACGAGUGCAAUGAGUCGCGAUCUCGCGCCGGCAAAGGCCACCAAACGACCGGUCACGCCGAACUAAACAGACGAGACGUUCGACGAGCGUUCCUAUCGAGGAUGAAUUAAAAGCACGAAAAGGAGAGAGAGAGGCGAAAUAUUCGUACAUCUUUCAAUUUUACGAAACUUGCAAGGAAAUAAUGGAAAAAGUAAGAAACUAGGAAGAGAUUCUUCUAUUUUAAAAUCAAAUUAAUCAUUUACUGAACAUUUUUCUUGGAAAUAACGCGUUAUAAAGUAUUGAAACUGCGCUUUAAAUUACAAUUAAUGAAAAAUCAGUGAAAUCGGUGAAAAUUAUUAAAUGACAAUGAAUACUCAUUAAUUAUCACAGCUACAGUAUAUCACUGCAAAUUAGUGAUUGCAAUUUAGAGAGUAAGACUAAUUUUCUACACGCACAGAGACCAAUAUUGAAAUGAUUAAAAGACACAACUCAACCACAAUUUAAUUUUCUUUUGAAGACGUGAGAAAAAUUUCUUAAAAAACUUCUUUUCUCUAAACCCUGACUCAGAAUUGUGUGGAAUUGUAUUUGUAAUUUUAUUUUGUAAUGCAAACUUUUAAAAAAACUACACAAAUAUACGUUAAAGUACGUGAAUUAUCUAAAAAGGGGCUUAAGUUGUAAAAACACAAAUUAACCGUGUGAAUAAAAGUGGCGUCAUAGAUAGAAACUGUGUAUCUACGUAGUGGCGCAAUGCGAAUAUCCUUUCACACAAAAUAUGACUACUUUGAGGUUCCAUUAGAAUAAUUGUCCCUGACGGGCAUCAGCUUUUUUCUUUUAUCUCUGUUGAAGGCUCACGCGAUGAUGUUGUCUAUCGCCACACCCUUCACACACGAGUCAAUUGCAAAACGUAACUUUCUUCCAUCUAUAGCGCGACAGCGAAGCUACAUCAUCUGCGAAAGCAGUUGCGACAAAGCGGCCGAACGGCAUAAAGUCGAUGUCAUUAGAACCAUGUCACGAUGUCACGAACGAUUAUCUUAAUACAUGUGCUACUGCGCCUCCCCUAACGAUAUAUAAUUCCAAGUAAUCAUAAAUAAGAAUCGACAUGAAACGUUGAAUUUAAUCAUAAGGCGCCGAUCCGCCUUCUAUCUAACGCCUAUCCUUGACGGGGGCUUCUCCGAAGGGGGAACGGAAUCUCUAGAGAACUACAGAACCCCGCGGCCUUUCCGCCGGGCAACCUCUUCCGUGCGUGUACGGGCGGCACAAAUAGCGGGCACCUACGCGUUAUUAUGCAUCGCGCGCGCGGGAGAGGUCUCUCCUCGGGAUAGAGACGAUAAUGUCUCCCGCUUUCCCGCGCCGCGGUUUUCUCCGUCGCCCAGGCCGUCGGCCGCCUACCUAGGUAGUAAAACGUGUAAGUUACACGGGAGUCCGCCGCUUGGUAUGUGGCAUACCCCACGUACGUACGGCUACGUGUUGCCGUCGUUGCCGUUGGCUGCUCGACCGAACGAGGCCCGGUUGCCGUAAGUGACGUAACGAGAGAGACGUUACGUCCCGCAGCGGACCCCGUGUGCACCGUUCUCUUCUCCGCUAAUGCGACGGGGCCCUGGACCCCUACCCCCGGUUUCAUCCGCGUAGCUCGCCCGGCGGAGCCCCAUCCUCCCAGAAGGCAUCUUCUCCGCGCGCGCGAUCCGGCCUUCUUCUCUUCUCGGGCGCGAACGUUCUCCGAGCUCCUGCAGUCGCGUCCGCGAGUCUGAUCGCGCAGGUAACGACGCGUAGGAGUGCGAACCCGAAUUCGAGAGGCCGAGCGAACCCGCAAAGAGGAGAGUAUCUCGAGAAGGCUCGACAAAAAAAGCAUGGAGUCCACGAGGCGAUAUCUCGCCCUAAUCUCGGUGGGAAUAUUAUGGAGUUGCGUAUUAGCUCUCCAAAGACCACCACCGAGAUAUUCUCAACAAUACAUGCCGGAAACCUCGUUCUCCUGUCGCAACAAGAUUGUCGGUAGCUAUUACGCGGACCCUGAGACCGACUGCCAAGUCUUCCAUGUCUGUGUCUCUGUGGCUGGCAGUAUUCAGGACUAUAAGUUCCUUUGUCCCAACGACACUGCUUUCGAUCAGGAGAGUCAAACCUGUGCGGACUGGUACGAUGUGGAUUGCGAGGCCGCGACUCUCUACUACGCCAGCGAUAACUUCGACUUGUAUAGAAUCGGUUCCGGUCUGGAGUCCGUGAGCUACGACAACUUGCGUAGCGACGCCGAACCCCAGGAUAAUCUUCAACGUAGCGAAACCAGCGACGCGGUUCGAUCCUCCGCGAAUACGGUGAAUCGAUUAUCUUCGUCCAACUAUAACAAUCGCGAGGUACUGCGAAGUAGCAGCAGUAGCAACUUCUACAACAGGAACAACAAGGAAGACGAUUACGACAAUGACAAAUCGUAUAAGGAGGAUCAAGACGCCAAGAAGAAGGUAUCGGGUGGUGUCAGGAAGACCAGUAGAAAGCAAGCAUUCACCAACGGCAACAACUAUUCGUCAACGACCACCACAGUCGCGCCGGCCGUGCCCAGACAGAACACUUACAAUGGCAAUUAUUAUAACAGCAACAACGCGUACAAUCAACGAUCCACGACAUACGCUUCAUCGACGACCGUCCAACCGCCACAGGAGACCUACAACAAUAGAAAUCAGAACGCGCAAAGAUACAACGUACCAUCGUCGUCCACGUAUCGACCUAGCACGACGUACCAGGAUACAUAUAGUAAUUACCAGUCGUCCAGCACGACUGCCAAAACGCCUCCGAACGUGUACCAUACGAACUUCUACAAUCUCUACAGCUCAAACUAUAAUCAACAGAAUACUGGCAGUUCCGUUCAACCUACAACACUGAGACCCAGCAGCUACAGCCCGAAGACUAGCUAUCAAACUUAUCAAUUCGCGUCAUCCACCACCGUUCAGCCGACUACUAAUUAUCAGACCAGUCAACCAGACUAUACCAAUUAUCAACAGAAGAGCUACAACAACAUCCAACGAGGAACCAGCGCAUCCGUUGCGUACCAGUCCUCUACGCCUGCGCCUACUGUUUAUAAUAAUAAUUACAACAAUAAUUACAACAACAAUAACAACAAUAAUAAUAAUAACAAUAAGGGCCAGUAUAGACCAGCCACGUCCACUACUCAGGACAUUCCUCAGACCACCGCCAAAUACUACUCCAACAGUUUUGCAAGCAACAGCUAUGCACCUACCACUUACAGUCCAGCAACAAAAAAAUACGUGAAUGUAGACAGCGCUGUCAUACAGACCGCUUUCAGAAACAACGACAACGGCCAGUAUUACGACAAAACGAGUCAAUCGGUCAAGCCUUCCACUCAGUACUACGAUAGCACGAAAACGCCCAAGAAGGCAACUCAGUAUAAUAAUUACGACAAUGCGAGCAGCGGCAAGUCAUAUUACAUCGAAACGAGCACAGGUAGCUCAUUCAACGUCGCGAGGUCCUCCGUAGGGAUCGGUUUCAGUCCCGCGAGUAUCAAUCACCUCGCCGAAUCGCCGAGAACCACCACGCCGGUACCAAGACGACCUUCUUCUAGCGCUACCACCUACAACCCGAAUACCUUUAGUUCCACUCAGAGAACCGUUCAACCGACGACAACGUCACGUGGAAUUACCUACGUUAGCGGAUCCGCAAGACCGUUCACGUCAACGACUAGAUUACCCAGCAGCAGUAGCAGCAGCAGCAGCAGCACGACAGCGCGAUCAUCGAGAUCGGGAAAGAAGAACGAUUACGACUACGCGUACUACGAUAGCACGGGUGGCCUAGAAUACGACGGAGUCGACCUCGAGCACGUCACCAGCAACAAAGAGUCUACGAAAAUCGCGAGGAAUUAAAACAGUCCCGCCUCGUUACAUUAUCGCGUCGAAUCUUGUCGAUACCAGUGAUGUAAAGUAUGGAGGAGCAAGUAUCUCCAUGUAGUUUCAAGUAUAGGUACACUUUUUUUAACAUUUAACGUCUAUACUUGGAUAUAUUCCUUUGCAGCUAAACAACUGUAUUUGUAGACAGAUUCAUUACUUUUUUUUAGUAUUUAUUCUCAAGGUAUAUUCUUAAAAAAAAGCAUUUGAUUACAAAUUCUUCAAACUGAUUGCAUAUUCAAUGAUGCAAUAAUGAUUAUCAAACAUAAAAUUGUAUGAAGGUAAAGCUUUUAAUUAGCUGCAAUUUUGUGUACUUUUGGUACAGUAUCUGUACCUGGAUACUGAAAAUAAAAAUACCUUUCACAUCACUGGUUGAUAAGACGAUUCCUUGUGAAUUAUCGUUUAUUAGUGGCCAGUCAUCGUCAAAAUCGGUCUUCGAUUAAAAGUAUUCGCGUAAAGAAACGCGAAAGGAGAAAGCGUAUAAAUAUUGAAUACCGAUUUUGAGAGUAAACAAGAAGAAUCAUCGAUCGAUAUUGAUCCACUUAAAUGCGUAUAUGUUCAAUCGAGAUUUGACGGUUCGUCCGCCGUUAUUAACAAUAUAAUUUCGUAGUUCAGUAUUCUAGGCUAAUUGUUUAUACAUAUUUUGCGACGCUUAAUCCGCGAAUCAUUAAGCGUCGACAUAUCGAUAUUAUACAAACGUUGAGAAAUUUAUAACAAUGAUAGUACAAAAGAUUGUUUCAAAUUGUUUCGCCGAUAUUAAUCUUUUCUUUUUUAUUUUGUCGCAUAAAAGAAAAUGUUGAGAUAACUGAUAAUUAAUAACGCUUACUAAAUACUGGUACAGUAGUAUGAAGUUUGAUUGUCGAAUCGUUAAAUUUUCCACGUAUUUUGUGUAUCGACAAAAGCCUGCACAAACCGUAUUCGAAUUUAAGAUCGUUUAAUUAUCUGCGUUUUAAUUAUUUGCGUCCCCUCCCCUAAAGUAUACGUACUGUAUAUACACUAUAACUAUUUUAAUUAAGAAAAGCAUUAAAUAACAUGGUUUAUUACUUUAUCCUUUCUUAACGAUA